AUGGCAAUGUCAGGUCUACGUCCUUUCCUAAAGUGUGGAUUCAUUACGUUGUGUGGAGGAGCCAUAUUUUUGCUACUGUGCGUAGGAAUCAAGACUGCAUAUCAACCACUUUUAAAUCCAGAGAAGGUUUGUGAGAAAUCUGUUCACCUGACUGGCAGCACCUUACAAGGGCUACAAUGGGAUAAAGUACCCGUGGAAUGGAAGGAGAUUAUGAACCGGAGAAGACAAAUGCUGCAUCAGAUGUGCAAGGAUCUUAAUGAAACCACAAAUACUGACACUCCCAUUAGCGUGUCCAAACUUGAUAUUACAGAUAGAGUCAUUGUCGAUGACUUGCACCGUGUAAUU